AUGACGGACACGAUUGACGUGACGACGUACAGCGACGACAAGUGCUUCGGCCAGGCGGCGCCGACGCUCGCCAACCUCGACCCCAUCCGCGGCGAGAAGGUGGAGCUGCAAAGCGGCAAGGUGUACGUGUUGUACUUCUUCAAUACCUUCUACCGUGGCGCCGACCCUGUCAACGAGGAGCUGACAGUGCUGUCGGAGAAGUACGGUGACAAGGUAGUCUUCGUCGCCAUCAGCAACGACGCCGACAAGGAGAAGACGGAGAAGUACCUCAACAAGAAUAUUGUCGACGAGAACACGAAGAAGCCGCUGCGCCUCGCCCCGCCGCACAUCCUCUUCGACGACAAGAAGGCGACCGGCAAGGCGUACGCGGAGGUGGCGAACCUUUCCGUCAUGUCGUGCCCGAUGGCGUUCAUCGUGCGCGUCGACGGCACGAUCGCGUGGCGCCAGCAGUUCCUGCAGACGUACACCAUUUCGCAGUCCAACUUCGAGGCGCAGCUGCAGCACGUGCUCGCCGGCGAGGCGCUCGAGAGCAACGGCCCGCGGCCCGCCGUGCAGGUCGAGGAGGAGGCCGCAGAGGUCGAGGACGAGAUGUCGCUCUUCUAA